AUGCGUUUCUAGGGCAACAAUAUCGUGCUGGAAUGUCCUCCUGGAAGCGUCGUACGGGCCACUCGGGCCAGCUUUGGAAAUCCUGCGGUGGCAAAUGGGAACCCGGUCGCUGCAGCUUUAGCAACAGCCUGUUGGUCGUGCAGCGUAACUGCCAAGGAAAAGAAACGUGCCAGCUCAAGGCAGAUGUGGAGCUGUUCCUGGAUCAUGGCGUUACUGACCCGUGCCCUGACCUGCAAAGCAGAUUGUUGGCUGUUGAUUACGAUUGCGUUCCCCUGAGUCGACCGGCGCCUCUUUUCGAUGCCAAGAGGGAAACGUUCCGAUCUGGAGUCACGCCUCACUACCUGCUUGUUGCUGACCACACUACAAGCUGUGCACAGAAGUCGAUUGUCGAAGUAUCAGCGACCGAAGCCGCAGAAGUGUAUAACCUGAACGACGCCCGUCGGGUGUGCAGCUUGCACCACCAGUGUUCCUACUUUAUCUGGGACUUCAAGAGCCACCAGGCCACUUUCUGCUCAGGAGAUGGAUGGAAACGAACGGAAAAGAGCCACGGCUUCACAAUUGGUGUGAAGCCUUCUCAAUUCAGUAUCCCCGGAUACGCCGUCUAUCUGAACUACGCAGGCAUCUGCACUGAGCCGAACAUUGUGGACAAAAAGGGAUGCAUUAACCACGUGAAAGAUGGUGCAAUCCUAUGUAGCGCUCGAGAACAAUGCGAAUUCUGGACAGCUAGUAUAUCUCCCGGACUGGUGUCCCUCCCCGGCUACGAUCACCACCUGUGGCUUUGCAGUGGCCCUCCCACUAUGAUGCCGAGAGACGGAUUCGUAUUUGCUGCCAAGGCGCAGAAUGAAACCAGUGUCCAGCCAGAGGCUCUUCUUGAAGAGCUCGCCCGACCGAGUGAAAUAGAUUUGUUUCGCUUCCCUCAGGGUUAUCCCACUGCCUCUGAGGUCGACAGGGCCAAAUCCCUGAAGCAAGCAGAAGAUUCCAGACUCGUUGGCCAGAUAUACUAGCCGGAAAAGAGUUUUACGUCACGAAGGAGCAUGCGAAUUUCGUUAAGCGGCUGCUCCACGGUCACGCACAUGUGGACACCCUCCUCCCAUAAAUCAACAGUCACGCACGAAUCACUCAUUACAUUGGACCGAGCACUCCCUCGUCCAUCUCCUCAGGCUGCACAACGGGGAUCUCUGGCUUGGGAUCCAUCACGAUAAUAGUAUCCGGCAGCGGGUUCGCGGGGCCACGUUUGCCCUCCGGGUCAUGCGGCAGCAUGAUCUUGACUCUAACACCAAGAACACCCUGCAAAAAAAACACACAUACACUGCCUCUGUACAUACUAGCUCCUACACAAAUUGCCCAUUACUACGUAACUGAGGCUUAAUAAUUUGAAACUUA